UAUUCGGCAACCUCAGACAAGGCGGAGCGAUUGAACUCAACAGUCGCAAUUUGGCGCCGCGAAAUGAAAGUGAGGGUAGUGUGCAGGAAAAUUUACGAUUACAUGCGCUAUGAUCUCAAAGAAAUUGCUUUCCCUUCCUCCUUGCCCGAUCCUCCUCAUCUUGUUAAAAAGCGUCGCAAGAUGACCUGGGAUGAGCGCAUUUGGGUAUUGAAGAAAGCGGUUAGGCUUUACGCUGCUAGCUGGGUUCGGGACAUCGGUCCUGAUCUUCGGCCACAUGAAUAUAAGAAAGACGAAUUGACUGAAGAAGCCAAUAAAGGAAAGAAAACUCCUCAACAAACGGAACCCUCUGUCCUGGAGGAUCUUGCUGUGGCUGCCAGAGGAGGAAUGGAGACUCUUAGACCUGCGUUACAGCGCAUAUACAUGACCAGAGCUUCUGCGUAUAGAGAUGCUCUCAAAAAUUUUAUAGAAGGGUACCAAGAGGGAGUUCAACGAGUAAUGGAGAAGAAGGAAGGUGCUAAACCUGAAGAUGCUAUUCAGCAAGUGAUGGAGAACAAAGAAGAUUCUAAACCUGAAGAUGCCAAAGUAACCAAAAAAUCAGCUUGAACUUUUUUAUAGGUGGCUAGGUGUUAGUUCUUCUCCGGCACAUAUUUAGUCUGAGGUACUCAACUUUGCAGAAAUUAGGGGCAACCCCCUUGAGUUCAAGGGUUUUAUUGUACAUUACGCUGAAUAGACCCUUUUUUACACGCGCGCGCGCGCGCGCAAGUAUAUCGACUGGAUUCUCUGGUGUUUUAUAUUAUCUAUUGUGAAUGCUGUUUGGAUA